UGCUACAUGCCGCUACUGUUUGGGGAAAGGGAAAAAAAAAAGAGCUGAGUAAUGCUGGAGCCUUCUCAUGUGGCUGAUGCAAACCUGGAGGAUUUGCAUCAUCAUUUAGCAGGAUUUGGCAGAAUCCCACUAUGGUCAGGAAGCCUGUGAUGUCCUCCAUCUCCAAUGGAGGCUACCUCCAGGGGGAUGCUCAUGGCCACUUGCCCUCCAGGGGCAGCAAACACGCCCCUGAGCAGGGUAAGAUGGUGCUGAAGAAAAAGAUCACGCUGCUGAGGGGCAUCUCCAUCAUCAUUGGCACUAUCAUCGGGGCUGGCAUCUUCAUCUCCCCCAAAGGAGUUCUCCAAAACACGGGCACCGUGGGCAUGUCUCUGAUCGUCUGGACUGUCUGUGGGCUCGUGUCUCUAUUUGGGGCUUUGUCUUACGCUGAACUGGGGACGUGUAUAAAGAAAUCUGGUGGUCACUACACUUACAUCUUGGAAGUCUUUGGCCCAUUACCAGCUUUUGUCCGAGUCUGGGUGGAGCUCAUCAUAAUACGCCCUGCUGCCACUGCUGUGAUAUCCUUGGCAUUUGGACGCUAUAUCCUGGAACCAUUUUUUAUUCAUUGUGAAAUCCCAGAACUUGCAAUCAAGCUAAUUACGGCUGUGGGCAUCACCACAAUCAUGGUGCUGAAUAGCAUGAGUAUCAGCUGGACUUCCAGGAUGCAGAUGUUUUUAACCCUUUGCAAGCUUAUAGCCAUUCUAAUAAUUAUAGUCCUUGGAGUUAUGCAACUAAUUAAAGGUCAAACCCAGCACUUUAGAGAUGCCUUUUCAGGAAAUGAUGCCAGUAUUAUAAGAUUACCAUUGGCUUUUUAUUAUGGAAUGUAUGCAUAUGCGGGCUGGUUUUAUCUCAACUUUGGUACCGAAGAAGUAGAAAAUCCUGAGCGAAACGUUCCUCUUGCAAUAUGUAUAUCAAUGAUCAUAGUCACUGUUUGCUAUGUCCUAACGAAUGUGGCCUAUUUCACUACCAUCAGUGCUGAAGAGUUGCUGCUCUCCAAAGCCGUGGCAGUGACCUUUGCAGAAAGGCUUUUGGGAAAAUUCUCAAUAGCUGUCCCAGUCUUUGUUGCCCUUUCCUGUUUUGGCUCCAUGAAUGGGGGCAUUUUUGCUGUCUCCAGGUUGUUUUAUGUUGCUUCCCGUGAGGGUCACCUUCCAGAAAUCCUCUCCAUGAUUCAUGUCCGCAAGUACACUCCUCUGCCAGCUGUCAUUGUAUUGUACCCUUUGACAAUGAUAAUGCUUUUCUUCGGUGAUCUUUAUGGUCUCCUGAAUUUCCUCAGUUUUGCCAGGUGGCUUUUUAUUGGAUUAGCAGUUGCAGGGCUGAUUUAUCUCCGAUACAAACGACCAGAUAUGCAUCGUCCUUUCAAGGUGCCACUGUUUAUACCAGCUCUGUUUUCCUUCACCUGCUUUUUCAUGGUGGCCUUGUCCCUUUAUUCUGAUCCAUUCAGUACUGGGAUAGGUUUUGGGAUCACGCUGACUGGUAUCCCAGCUUACUACUUCUUCAUUGUCUGGGACAAGAAGCCAAAGUGGUUCCAGAGAAUAUCAGAUGGAAUAACCAGAACCCUACAAAUAUUGCUGGAAGUUGUACCCUCAGAAGUACCCACAGAAGAUAAGUCAUGAUCAGUCGAAUUCCAAAGAAGGCACUGUAUGUUGAUGUCCCAUCUGAAAACAAAUGGAAAAUGAGAAACUGCUUCUUGGGAUUCCAGAGGAUUACAAGACUGAGUUACAGCUUAAUGGAGACAAUUAUCUUCAGCACUAGUUUUCUUAUGUGUUCAAACCUGUGUUUAAGACGUUUAGGUGUACCUUCAGGUACAUGUGUAGACAGCUGGUAGGCUUUUCUACCACCAUUAACACUGCUCCUUUUAGGGACAGACACCUUUUGUGGGCAGGGGAAGGAGGACAUAGAAUGACAAAUUACUCUAAUGACCUUUCUUUGUGACAUUAUCUUACUGAAUCCUAGGGUCUUCAAAUUGAAGGCCAUUGGUUAUUUUCUGUAUUAGUAUUUUACAAAUGGUUUUAUAUACUGUAGGUAGAUGUACUGUGAAAAGUGUCCUCUGCUCUUUGAACAUGCAACUCAGCACUCCUGUGACAUGAGAAUGGGUGACAGAGGUACACCUCAAUUUUAAAUCUUCAACCCAUAUGCCUUCCUCUUUGUUUUAUUUGCACUGUAUUGGUUCUCCGAAUACAGUCACACUGGUUUAGGUAUCACUGUUCCUUUUUAAUGAACUGGUCCCAGGACAUUUGGGAUGGGAGAGAAAGGAUGUGGCUCAUUUUCUUGAGUGCAUUAAAACAGUAACUUUGGGCUUAUUGUUUAUCAGGCAGGGCCCUGUAAGAAAUUGGACAUUUUGCAAAGUCCUUUUAUUCUUUGUGAGGUGAGUGAAGUGGAAAGGAUACAGGUCUUCACCCUUUCCAAAUCAGUCCAUUUGGUCUUGAAGCCUCACAGUAAACAACUGAGUUUCAAGAACUAGAUGUUUUUAGCUCCUGAUCUCACCUGGAAUAAAUUUCCUAUUGAA